AUGUCACAGUCUAUGGAGGAUAAUAUGCAGGCAGGCCCCCCGGGGCCGAGAGAGUUGUGCCAGAUAGCUUCAAACUGCAUGCUGUCGGCUUUUAACAUGAGAAAUGCUGUCAAGGGCGCCAAAGACAAUCUCAUGCGCACCGCCACGGACCGCCCGAGAAUUCCUAAAUCGUCCAUCGUUUCUAGUGCUGAAUACGUGUUCGCUACCGUUAUGUUCGGAGGACUCUGGUACUUUUACGCCAGUCAUUCUUCGGUCAAACCAAUUUUGGACACCUGGUGUUCAUGGCUCAAUGACCGGGUUCCCGGUGCUAGGGCACCGCCAAUCACGACUAUUCCUUGGCUCGGCUCUACUAAAUCGUUGUUCACUGCCGAUACAGAGACAGAUAUUCUCGCGACUUUGUGGACUUUCGUGACCCGCGGUGCUGGUAAUCUCCAACCUACCGGGUAUCAGGCCAGCUUCUCUGAGUUCUAUUCAAUGAUGGCGCUGCGAGCAGGCGUCAGUUUUGUCGCUUGCGAUGGCACGCUAGUAGUCGAUGUUGCUGUCGUCGUGCAGACAGUGGCCCAGAUUCCAAAUCUAGGGUAUGAUGGUAUGACCGGGGACCAAAGGGGAGCUGCGAUAUUUCUCAAUGGCGGUAUGGGCAAAGCUUGGGCUGCUCGCUUUCUUGCAGCCGUCCGUUGGUAUACCAUCUGCUCUCCUAGUGCGAUGGGAUUGAGCGCAAUAGCGAGCGGCUUAUAUGCAUACACAUCAAAACGCCAUGGACCCGGUUAUUGGAAUUACGUCCGCCCACGACUCAUCUGCAUGCAGGGUCAUACGUCCAGCUUUGAUUUACCCGUAUGUAACCCCAGCUUUUGGUACGAUGGCGGGCUUGAAGGGUGUCGGCCAGCGCCGCCCCAUCCUUGCAGUCACCGCCCACGCCCGAUAUACAACUCCCCUCUAAUUGAUGCCAUCAACGCUGUGUCUUCAAUUACAGAGUGUGAGACUUAUGGCCAAUGGCGCUCCCAGAUUGAUACAUCCGUUGCCAGUGUGGAUAGUUGGCUGCGUGACCUAGCAAGCCAUGGUGAGAGCGAUGUCUUGCUCCGUGCCACAGCAGGAGCAGCCCCAAGCUUCAUUAAUCUGUUAUCUAGCACCCUCGCUGCUGAGCUGGAAUAUGAUUGA